AGGUUGAUCUCCAGACGCAGUGUUAGACGCGAGCACCUCGUAAGGUACUAGCGUAUGUGUUUUCUUGAUUGCUGACCGGAGGAACCGCGGUAAUUGUUCGAGAUGGCGAGUGCUGGUUCUCUCACAGCGAGACUCGUUGCAGCGCGACGGCAUGUGCGUCAUUGCACCGGAAGAAUGGGACUCCUCAUUCCGAGCAGUUCGCGCGCUUCUUCCUAUAGGUUCGCAUCCAGCGAACGUCGCAAGAUUAGCAAGGUUCUCGUCGCCAACCGAGGUGAAAUCUCCAUUCGUGUCUUCCGAGCUUGCUCUGAAUUGGGUAUCCGUUCGGUUGCCGUGUACUCUGAACAAGACAAAAUGCAUAUGUUCCGUCAAAAGGCGGAUGAGUCCUAUCUUAUUGGCGCAGGACUCGAACCGGUUGCUGCCUACUUGAACAUUCCUGAAAUCAUUCACGUCGCCAAAAAUAAUGGAGUCGACGCGAUCCAUCCUGGUUAUGGGUUCCUCAGUGAAAGAUCCGAUUUUGCUGAAGCCUGUGAAAGAGCGGGAAUAAAACUUAUCGGACCUAGAUCAAAAACCGUGAAACAAAUGGGGGACAAAGUUGCAGCCCGACAGGCUGCCAUCGCGGCGGGCGUACCGGUUGUGCCGGGAACGGAGAACCCAAUUACUACCGUGGCAGAAGCGAAAGAGUUCGUCGCCCAACAUGGGUUGCCCGUGAUUUUCAAAGCUGCCUUCGGCGGUGGGGGUCGAGGUAUGCGGGUCGUCAGGGAUCCGGACGAACUCGAAGAGAACUUCCAGCGCGCCACUUCAGAAGCGUUGGCGGCUUUUGGAAAUGGAUCCAUGUUCUUAGAAAAGUUCAUCGAGCGUCCGAGGCACAUUGAAGUGCAGAUUCUUGGUGAUUCUGCUGGGAAUGUAGUGCAUUUAUACGAGCGUGAUUGUUCCGUACAACGUCGGCACCAAAAAGUGGUUGAACUAGCGCCUGCUCCCCGACUCCCUGUAGAGGUCCGUGACAGGAUCACGACAGAUGCUGUUAAUCUCAUGAAGUACGUUCAAUACGAAAAUGCGGGAACCGUCGAGUUUCUGCUGGACGACAAAGGCAAUCAUCAUUUUAUCGAAGUUAAUGCUCGACUACAAGUUGAGCAUACCGUUACAGAAGAAGUGACGGGAAUUGACUUGGUUCAAGCUCAAAUCAAGAUCGCAGAGGGGCAAACACUUCCGGAAUUGGGUUUGAAUCAGAAUAACAUUGAGUUGCGAGGAGCCGCGAUUCAAUGUCGAGUGACAACAGAAGACCCUGCCUUAAAUUUCCAACCCGACUCCGGAAGGCUCGAAGUUUUCAGGAGUGGCGAAGGUAUGGGUAUCCGGUUGGAUGGUGCUGCAACCUUCGCGGGGGCUAUCAUUUCUCCUUAUUAUGAUUCUUUACUGUGUAAAAUCAUUGCACAUUCGCAUGAUUUACCCGCUGCCUCUGCAAAAAUGAGUCGUGCUCUGAGAGAAUUCCGUGUUCGUGGUGUCAAAACGAAUAUUCCGUUCCUGUUGAACGUUUUGGAUCACGAAAAAUUUCAAGAUGGAACCAUCGACACGUAUUUCAUUGACGAAAAUCCGUCUUUAUUCCAAUUCCAUCCGUCUCAAAAUAGAGCCGGAAAGCUGCUCAAUUUUCUGGGUAACUUGCUGGUUAAUGGUCCAGUGACGCCUUUGGGAACACAUCUGAAACCUGCAGAAAUUCAUGUGAAAAUCCCUACCACUCCAUUGGGUGAACUCGGCCCGCCCGGUUGGAGAAAUGUAUUCCUCGAGAAAGGUCCGAAAGAAUUCGCUAAAGCGAUUCGACAACACAAAGGUUUGCUGCUGACGGAUACUACGAUGCGUGAUGCCCAUCAGUCUCUUCUCGCCACGAGGGUACGGUCUCACGAUAUCCUCAAAAUCUCCCCAUUUGUCAGUCAUCGCUUGAACAACUUGUUUUCUGUGGAAAAUUGGGGUGGUGCUACCUUCGACGUAGCAUUGCGCUUUCUCAAAGAGUGUCCCUGGGAACGCCUUGAGAGUAUGAGAAAAGAAAUGCCGCACAUUCCAUUCCAAAUGCUUCUUCGAGGAGCCAAUGCUGUGGGGUACACUUCAUACCCUGAUAAUGUUGUUUACAAGUUCUGUGAUAUGGCUGUAAAAAGCGGUAUGGACAUUUUCCGAAUUUUCGACUCGUUGAACUACCUGCCGAAUAUGAUUCUGGGGAUCGAUGCCGUUGGAAAGGCCGGCGGCAUAGUCGAAGCAGCCAUUUCUUACACCGGAGACGUGUCGGACCGUAGUCGAUCAAAAUAUGAUUUGAAUUACUAUCUGAACCUCGCGGACGAACUCGUGAAGGCCGGAACGCAUAUACUCUGCAUUAAAGAUAUGGCCGGAUUAUUGAAACCAGAGGCAGCGACAAUUUUGAUCAAAGCCCUGCGCGACCGGCAUCCUGACAUGCCCAUUCAUAUUCACACGCACGAUACGGCUGGCGCAGGCAUUGCCACCUAUUUGCGGUGUGCUGAUGCCGGCGCGGAUAUCGUUGACGUCGCUGUUGACUCCAUGAGUGGCAUGACAUCACAGCCUUCGAUGGGAGCGCUAGUCGCAUGUCUUCAGCGUACUCCACGAGAUACGGGCUUCAGACUUGCCGACGUUAGUGAAUAUUCUGCUUUCUGGGAGCAAACGAGAACCCUGUACGCACCUUUCGAAUGCACCACCACGAUGAAAUCUGGAAAUGCAGACGUGUACAUGAAUGAAAUCCCCGGAGGACAGUACACCAACUUACAAUUCCAAGCCUUCUCUCUUGGUCUCGGGGACCAAUUCGAAGAAAUCAAACAUGCUUACAGGGAAGCCAACUUGCUACUGGGAGAUGUUAUCAAGGUGACUCCGUCCUCCAAAGUCGUCGGAGAUCUUGCUCAGUUCAUGGUCCAAAAUAAACUCAGCGCUGAUCAAGUCUUGCAAAAGGCCGAAGAUCUUUCCUUCCCGAAGUCCGUCGUGGAGUUCAUGCAGGGAUACGUGGGAAUUCCACAUGGGGGGUUUCCUGAACCACUUCGUAGCAAGAUCCUAAAAAAUAUGCCCAGAAUUGAGGGAAGACCUGGAGAAUCCAUGACAACGUUCGAUUUCUCGAAACUGGAAGGCGAGCUCAAAGAGAGGUUCAACAAAGUGGAUGAAAAAGACGUCAUGAGUGCAGCAUUGUAUCCGAAAGUGGCUGAAGAGUACAUGGAAUUCAGGGAUUCCUACGGUCCCGUUGAUCGACUUGACACGCGAAUUUUCUUGGUCGGCCCCAAAGUUGGCGAGGAGUUCGAGGCUUGUAUCGAGCGUGGGAAAACCCUUGCUUUCAAAACCCUUGCCGUUGCGGACGACAUGACAAAGAAGGGCGAGCGAGAAGUGUUCUUCGAGCUAAAUGGACAAUUGCGGUCCGUUUUGAUUCCUGACAAGAGUGCUGAAAAGGAGCUGACGAUCAGACCGAAGGCGAAAAAGGGUGACAGGAGUCAAGUCGGUGCUCCAAUGCCAGGCACAGUCCUUGACGUCCGCGUGAAGCCGGGCGACAAGGUAUCAAAAGGAGACAAGAUUGUUGUCCUUAGCGCUAUGAAAAUGGAAAUGGUUGUCCAGGCGCCCGACGCCGGAACUGUGAAGGAGGUUCAUGUUGUGAAGGACGAUAAACUGCAAGGUGGUGAUCUCAUCAUCACUUUGGAAUGAGUUUUUCAAUUGAUCAACUCGAUUUACUCGCUUAAUGGAAUUUUAUUCGGAUACUUCUCUAUCUUUUUUGAGAAAUUUACUGCAUGAGCGCUUUCGUCGAACAGGGUUCAUCUUUUUACGAAAUUUCGAGCUUUCGAUUAUCCGCAAAGCGGGAAAAAAUCAAUUGAGUGCAAUGACUGUGUUCCGUUCAGCAAAUACAGUAGAGAACAUGAUUGAACAUAGGCUUCCAUAUGCUUUUGCGGUGGUUGUUUAUUCUUGUUUCAUUCUGUGAAUUUUUUAGUUGCAUUCCGACUAUUUCUCGCGUAAUCAAACAGGUGCCCAUCAGCAAUUUGAUGAAAGUUUCGCGUUGUUUUUUGGUUGUGGACUAUAGUCGCCUGAUCGUGGGUGUGAUGGAAUAAAUUUUUUCCUCGAACUGAA